AACUGUGGAAAAGUUAAAGGAGAAGUGUCACUAUCGCACAAAAAUGGACACAAGUCUGAUGUAUGCCGCAACAAGCUCAAAAAUUAUAAGGCUCUAGUCAGCCUCACUGAGGAAGACCUUUUCACAGUGGUAACUGAUGUCAAUAUGGUUGAAAGCAACCCUAAAGAAUGGUGGUACAACACAUGGUCCAUCUUCAUCACUUAUCAAAGGAGAAAAAUUGAAGAGAAGUUGUUCAUGGGGAACACUGAAGUCUCCAAGAUUGAAAGCCACAGUAAGGUGAUUUUGAAGAUGUCAUAUAGACUUGAAGUCACUGUGAAGAACGUGAAGCACAUGCCUAACAUGAGGAAGAACCUUGUUUCAGGAACCUUUUUCACUAAGAAUGGAUUUGCCAUGACUAUUGAGGCUGACAAACUCGUGAUUCAAAAGAAUGGGGUUUAAUUGGGUAAGGGGUAUGUUAACGAUUGACUCGUCAAGAUGAAUAUAAUGGGAGUCCGUCCGAAAGUUAUAACUCCAUAAGUUUCAAGAAAGAAGAAACUAGUUACAUAUUUGGUUGAGUUUUUUAAUAUAUAGCAUGAACGAUUAUGCCAUGUUAAUUCCAAAUCAAUAGAAAUAGAAAAAAUUAGUGAAUCUAAAUUUAAUCUCAAAAUAAAAAUAAUAAGUAGAAAAAAUGUAAAAUAUGUGUACAUGCUAAACUCAUAAAAACGUCAUCACCUCAUGUCGAAAGAGCUAAUGAACCUUAAAGUUAAAUUCUUGAAUCUUAUGCUUGUAUAAUUUAAAGUGCCUUAGGAAGAUCAUGAUCCUUAUGCUUGUAUAAUUUAGUCUAUUUGAAAACGAGACAUAUAUAAUAAGCUUUUCAAAAUGAUUAAUAUAGAUCACCCAUAAAUAUUCGACACGUAGAGGGAAACUGUCAUGCUUGACAUGAAGCAAAUUUUGGAGAACCUCAUACGUGUGUAAGUCUUAUGCUUAUGAAACAUUUGUCUUGUCGAUGGAUCUUAGCAAUAUGAUUCAUUAUUUAGUGGAUAUGGUUGGUUAGACUUGGCUAGAGAAACUCAAUUUUUCUUUUUUUUUGAAACAUGAGAAACUCAAUUCUUGGGUGCUAGAAACUAAACAUAGAAGGGAAAUUUGGGAUCAUAACCAUAAUAGAAUGAAAAUUAAGGAAAUACACAUAGCAAGGGAAGGGCUAUGAUAUGUUAUAUAUAAUGUUGAUUUUAGACAAAAAUGCUCUUCUCUGCGCGUGAAAAAAAUUAAAUGUCGUUGUGUCUUCUUCUAUGUAUCCGAAAAGGUUUCUCUCACAUAAAAACAAAAUUUUCCAAACAAGCGAAGCAUCAGAUCUAUUACACUAAAGGAUUGUGAACAACAGUUGAAGAAGAAAGAAGGGAAUAUCAGAGAAGGACGAUUGACGAGAGGGGUCAAAGUUGUAAGAAAAGAAAAGUUAGGAUUCAUGCGGCUAAUGAAAUUUCCCGGCGGCGCAAGUGCGCAACUGCUUUGAUUUUGCAGAUCCGAUGGAAGGGGUUUAUGGCAGCUACAUGAAUAAGGUAACCUGACAUCGAGUUUCAAAAAUUUUCCCUUUACUGUCAAUUUUUAUAUGACGCCAAAAAUUGAGAGCAUUGCAUGUAUGUCACGGUGGUUUAUGUAGGGAUUAUAUAUUCAAAGUUCUGGGUUGUGGGGUUGGAGAUGGUGAUGUAUGUCGUAACCGAACAAACUAUACUAUAUGAAAGAGUAAAAUAGUAUAGUAGUUAGUAAUUUUAUCUUUUAUCUUUGUAUAGUAUAUUAUGUCACAUAUGCUACUGGUGGAAAGUAUAAAUGAUGUUAUAAAGAGUUGAGGUAAUAAUAUACUAUUUAGUAGAUUGUAUAGUUUAAAACAUUGUGCUAGCUUUCAGUAUGCAAUUUAAAUGAAUUAGAAGUGCAAUUUAUAUACUAUCCUUAGCCCAUAAUAAUACUGUAUUUAUGUUUGGUGUGGUACAAGAAGAUGUUUUUUAAUUACCUAAAGUCUUUCCUGUUGCAAUUAUAAUAUGGAGUUUUAGGCUUGCACAUACUGGUGUAUCAAACUUGGUAGGAAACAUCAGCCAAAAACUCAUAAACAACUAAAUUUUUGAUGGAUCAAGGUGAUAAAAUUAGCUAUUUCCAAUGAUCAGCAGAAACAGUUGGUGAAUUCCUUGUUCACACACGGGCAAUAUGCAAUUUAAAUUAUUGUUAUGUCUUAACCUAUGACUUCUCGUUGAAUGCAACUUGCAUAUUGCUUGUGUCUACUCUGUACACAUUGUUUCACAUCACUAACUUUGGAACGAAACUAACCUAAGCUCAUAUUAAGGCUGUUAUGUAUGUUUAAGUUGCACAACACAGCCGUAACACUAAUUUGUAUCUCCAAAUUGUUUGUGUUAUUGUGAAACACACUAAAGUGAACAUCAUAUGUGUUUGUUUUUAGGCUAUCAUACUAUACUAUGUUACCUAUAGUACAAUAUAUUUCACUUUGUUUCGAAACAUUUGCAUAUUAUAUUGUUCUCGUGUUUAAUAUAAUCACCAGAUGGAUAAAUCUACUUUCGUUACUUACUACUGCAUAACUUCCCGAAAUAUAUAAACAAAGUGCUUACACCAUUUCACAAUAUCAGUCUUCCAUCACAUAUCCUACAUGUACUAUGCAGAGCCACCAAAAGUCUUGCACUAUUACUUGAUUUUGAUUUUCUAAUUGGAGUUGUAUCCGUACUAUACAUCGACACCGUGUCAGACAUAUGCAGUUCUAUCAUUUGCUUCUUCUUUCAUUGAACUAAACUAAUGCAUUAUGUCACUCAAGUGUAUGAUUAUACUAUAUGUUGUAUAAAAUAGUAACAUUACACACAUAAUACAUAUCCUUCUUCACAUGUAUAUAGUUUCCUAUAUAGUGGUCUCCAACAGUUUGGUGACUUAUUAGUUCACUAAUUAGACUAUGUGUUUCUUAUUCCAUUUCAAUACACAUUCUCUCAAAUGACAAAGUUCGUAUGUGCUAGCUUUUUCUACAAAGUAUGCUAUUUUGGGAGGUUAGUUGUUUGGUUAUUUUGGACUAUUCUGUAUGAUGUAUAAUAUCGUAUGUGUGUCAACAUGUUGGAAUCUCAGUUCAAAAAAAUAUGUGCAAAGAUAGAGAUGUGAUAGUCUAUGCCAUAAGUUUGGUAGAAUGGAACUGAGCACAUGGUUUUUAUCUCCAUCGUCAUCCAAACGCGUUAUUUGUACACUCACGCGCUCUAAGGGAGAGAAAAGGAAAAAUUGGGGUCAAAUUGUCCCAUCCACCACUUGAAACCGUUGCAUGGACAUAUUCUUCAUUUUUUCUCCUCUUAUGAAUAUACAGCAAAAUCACCCAACAUAGAAGCUAAGCUGCACUAAUAAAUAGAAAUAUUCAUAUAGAAUAAGAUGUAUGCUUCAGCACGCACCAGUUCCAAGAUUAUAGAGCAUAUUUUCAAGAUAUGAUCUAUGAAGAUGUCGUAGUUUCUCCAUAGAGUAAAAUAAACUUGGUAGGCAUAGCAAACACUUCAAAUUCUUUCAACAUCUCUUACAUUUCUCAGAUAACCAACUCUAAUUUUUUUAUAGUAUAUUACUUUUAUAACUGAGCAAUUCUUUCAAUAGCCUUUUUAAGUUUUUGUUAACAAAAUAAUCACUAAAAAUAACUCAUUUCUAUUUUAAAAUUUUUAUUUUUUAAAAUUUAAGACUCCAUUUUUAAAAUUGCAUCCCUUAACUUUAAACCAUAAACCUAGAUUAGUUAACUUUGGAUUAUAAAUGUAUAAUUACCUUUUAAUAAAAUAUCAUUUUCUUAUUUUUCUUUUUGAAGACUAUUUUUAUAAAAAUAAACUAAAAAAAAUAUCAUAGGAAUUUCUCUUUACUACCAAUUUGUUCUAGAUCAUUUCAAGUUUGAAUAAUAAACAAUUGUUUGAUAUUUUGUAAUUUAAAUAGAAAUCAAUUUAUAAUUAUUAAAUCAAAUAUAAAGUGAAUCUGUAAGAUUUAGUAACAGUAUAUUUCAGUAGAGUCACUGAAUAAAUAAAGUCAAAUAUGGUUGAGAAAAUUAAAAUAUAAUCCAAUAAAUAUAAAUAAUGAAGGAUUUUCCGAUUUUCUUUUGAACCUAAUAAAUUCAUCACUCAUCAGUCAAUUUGCGAACUGUAAAUCCCAAUGUCUAUAUAAGAACCGAACCAACGGUUCAGAUUUGAGGCACACACCUCUUUGACAUUUCUAGGAUUCGAUUAAAGUAUAAAAAAAAUCAUAAAAAGGAAACGCAGUGUCUCUCUUUCCUCUUCGCAGUUGUCUUCAGAUUCCCCGAAUCUCUCACCAAACUAUCUUCGAUAUCGCACGCGCCGCCGCAGGCUUUGCCGCCGGCAACUGCUUUUACCCUUGUCUUCUCCCCUCUUUUAUAACUCUUAAGGAAAAAGACCUAAGAAAACUCACCAACCUAUCUUCUCCGCUUCAAUUUCUCUCUGUUGCUCUCUUUUGAUCUUGAUUGCUCUGAGGAGGGAAGAGAGAAGAGCAAAGCAAAAAAAAAAAAGAAGAAAAAAGUUCCAAAAACCAAAAAAAGAAGAAGGAAAAUGGCUCAGGUUCAACCUCAAGGUCAGAAUCCAAACGGUUCGGGAACAGCGGGCGGUACGAUGUCGCUUUAUGUUGGAGAUCUGCAUGCAAAUGUUACGGACGCGCAGCUCUUCGAGGCGUUUAGCCAGAUGGGUCAAGUUGUGACCGUUCGUGUCUGUAGGGAUUUAGCUACUCGGAGAUCUCUCGGUUAUGGAUAUGUCAAUUUCGCCACUCCUCAAGAUGCUGCAAGAGCGAUUCAGGAAAUGAACUACAUUCCUCUUAAUGGAAAACCUGUCAGGAUUAUGUACUCUCAUCGUGAUCCUAGUGUUCGCCGAAGUGGUGCAGGAAACAUAUUCAUCAAGAAUCUUGACAAGUCCAUAGACCACAAAGCGUUGCAUGAUACGUUUUCUGCGUUCGGGAACAUUAUCUCGUGCAAGGUAGCUGUGGAUUCUUCAGGGCAAUCGAAAGGCUAUGGGUUUGUGCAAUAUGAAACUAAGGAAUCUGCCCAGAAAGCUAUGGCUCAAUUGAACGGCAUGUUACUGAAUGAUAAGCAAGUGUAUGUCGGACCUUUCCUCAGGAGGCAAGAAAGAGACUCUACCGCUAACGUAACAAAAUUCACCAAUGUGUAUGUGAAGAAUCUUGCUGAAUCAACUACUGAUGAUGCUUUGAAGAACACGUUUGGUGAGUUUGGAAAUAUUACAAGUGCGGUGGUGAUGAAAGAUGGAGAUGGGAAGUCAAAGGGCUUUGGUUUUGUUAACUUUGACAAUGCCGAUGAUGCUGCUAAGGCUGUGGGAACUCUGAAUGGGAAGACAUUUGAUGAUAAGGAAUGGUUUGUUGGUAGGGCCCAAAAGAAGUCUGAAAGGGAAACGGAACUAAAGGUUCGGUAUGAGCAGAGUUUGAGGGAAGCUGCAGACAAGUUUCAAAGCUCUAAGUUGUAUGUCAAGAAUUUAGAUGACAGUAUCUCUGACGAGAAACUGAAGGAGCUUUUUACACCGUAUGGCACUGUUACAUCUUGCAAGGUGAUGCGGGAUCCGAAUGGCAUAAGCAGGGGCUCUGGUUUUGUAGCAUUAUCAACUCCUGAAGAAGCAAGCAAAGCUAUGUCAGAGAUGAGUGGUAAAAUGAUUGAAAACAAACCUCUCUAUGUUGCUGUUGCUCAGAGAAAAGAGAACAGAAGGGCCAUACUCCAGGCUCAGUUUUCCCAAAUGAGACCGGGUGCAAUGCCACCAUCUCUUGGGCCUUGUAUGCAGAUGUAUCCCCCUGGUGGUCCAGGUAUUGGACAACAAGUGUUUUAUGCUCAGACACCUCCUCCUAUGAUUCCUUCACAUUCCGCGUUUGGCUACCAGCAACAGAUGGUUCCUGGAAUGAGACCCGGUGGUGGACCGAUGUACAAUUUCUUCAUGCCAAUGGUUCAGCAUGGCCAGCAGCGUCCUGGAGGUAGACGCCCUGGUGGGAUCCAGCAAUCUCAUCAUCAUCAGCAGCAACAAGUUCCCAUGAUGCUGCAGCACCCGAGGGGUCGCAUGUUCCGAUAUUCGCAAGGCCGUGGAAGUGGUGGUCCCCCUGAUGUUCCUGGAAUGCUUCCAUAUGAGAUGCCUAGUAAUAUGCCGCUACGUGACCCUGUGCUUUCUCAACAUGUUCCUAUUGGAGCUUUGGCUACAUCUCUUGCUAAUGCGUCUCCAGAACACCAGAGGACGAUGCUGGGUGAGAAUCUGUAUCCGCUUGUGGAGCAGCUUGAGGCAGAGUCUGCAGCUAAAGUGACUGGGAUGCUUUUGGAGAUGGAUCAAACCGAAGUGCUCCAUCUCUUAGAGUCACCUGAAGCUCUCAAGGCUAAAGUAGCCGAGGCUAUGGACGUUCUCAGAAGUGUUGCUGCGGGUGGUGCAGGCGAGCAGCUUGCCUCUUUGAACCUCAACGACGACCUUGUCUCUUACGUGUUCUUGUCUUCUUGUUGUAUUGGAAAAAUACAAUUUUCGUAGUGUGGUUUUUGUCUUUUCCAUACACAUUUGGAGACUUCUUGUUCUGUAGGAUUCUUUGACAUGGUUUGUUCUUCUCCUUUCCACCCUUCAAACUUGA